ACUUUUUCCACGGAUGCUUCCGACAGGGGACGCUGUGACCAUAUUAAGAAAUGAAACAUUGCCUUCUAUGUUUUGUGAAAGGGAAAAGUUUUUUACUUAGCUUGCAUUUUUAUUUAGGAUGUCUUCCAAUAUAUUGAAAUUUACGCGUUAUGCUCCUGCUUAUCCAAUAUAUGCCCAUAAUUUAUCCGACCCUGGUAUGGUCCUUAAUUAUUAUAGGUCUAGUUAUUAGGCGUACAGUGAAAUACUAAAUAGCCUAAUUAUUUCUAUUCUAAUCGCACAGAACUAUUAAAAAGUAAAACAACUAUUUUUCUGUAUAAUUUCCUGUCCGACAUUUAGAGGUUUUUAGUAGGCCUAUGGAACUGCACUUUUACGUCUAAUUAUGUUUUUUUUUAUAUAAGUUUACAUUCUUUGCACGUAUUAAGUCUUAAAACCUAUUUAGGAAGUCUGUCAGCAUUCCUGAGAACUGUCGACUAGCUAAUGGGCAAUCGACCUUUUGCAGUGUUUACUGGCCGGGAUAUAAACAGCGCAAUUCGAUAAAUCGUUUGCGUAAUCUUUGUCGGAAUGCGCCUCUUUCAAUAGGCGACAAUGGCACUGCGAUGGCUGGGCGACAGUGCGCGUCGGCGUGAUGGUGUCGUGUAUUUGCGCCUCGGGCCACCUGUUUUUGGGGGACAGCAGGGCUGUGGUGGGCGGCUUUGGGGCGGGGUUAUGAUCUAACACUCCGACCCCCUGCCUUAUCCUGCAUGACUAUAUCACGCAUCGCAGUGGACACUAGACCUAACUCUGCGCUUGUGGGAGCUGCACGAUCUCUGUAUGGGCUUCGGAAAAUAUCUCACGUCGAGAAAUCAAACUCAACUUCUGUCUCUGCAAGCGGGUCUUUAACUUUUUGCACACAUUUUUUUGUUAGCUAUUCGUAGAUUGGAGGGAGUGCGUAAAAAUCAGGGCAACAUCUGUACACAUCAGCUCCGUCUUCUUGAAGGUACAACGAUGCCUCGGUCUUUUCUCGUUAAGAAAUAUUUCACCAGUAAAAAGCCGAAUUACAGCGAACUGGAAAGCCAAAGCGGCCCCCUCUCAGCAGGUGUGCCGGAGAGGUACCCUUUAGCGGAGCUUCCCACCGGGGAGAACGGUCUGUCUACAGCCUGCUGCCCGGCCGGCCUGGUGUGGGACGUCAGUAUCCUGCCCGGUCUCUACACCCCAGAGCCUGUUUCCAUUCCCUCCCCCACGGGACCCCUGGACCUCAGCAGCUCCCAUUCCAGCAGCAGCGAGGAGGAUGAAGGGCGUUCGUCGGAUCCCCCUAGCCCGGAGCCUGCCGAACGACACCAGUGCCCGAACUGCGGCAAGAGCUACGGCGGACCGGCGGCACUGUCCCGCCACCGGCUGUCUUGCUGCGGGAAGGACGAGGCCGCCGCACCUGCCACACGCCCCGCUUUCCGCUGCAAGCACUGCACUAAGGAGUACAACAGCCUGGGGGCGCUCAAAAUGCAUAUCCGCUCGCACACGCUUCCCUGCGUCUGCGCCACGUGCGGGAAGGCCUUCUCCCGGCCCUGGCUGCUACGUGGGCACAUCCGCACCCACACAGGCGAACGGCCGUUCUCCUGCCCCCACUGCAGCCGGGCGUUCGCGGACCGCUCCAAUCUGCGGGCCCACCUGCAGACCCACUCCGAGGUGAAGAAGUACCAGUGCGCCGGCUGCUCUCGAACCUUCAGCCGCAUGUCGCUGCUGCACAAACACACGGUGGCUGGCUGCUGCUCGUCCCCCUCCUCGUAGGAGGACUGACGCACCCAUAUUCCCCAAAACUGGCCUUCGUCUGCACCGCACUGCAGUCGCAGUGGCGCAGUGGAGAGGGAGGCCAACCGGAAAAGAUGACACAGCCUACAUGUCUGCGGGGAGAGAAACCCUUCCCACUCCUGAAUUUAAUUCCUCAAGUCCUUUUUUGAACGUUACAGAAAGAAAAAGACUGUUCCCCCCCAUAUGAACCAGACAGACUCUACAUGUGGAAUCCAUUCCAUCGUCCUCGUGGGAUGUGAGUCGGCCAGCCGGAAUAUGGAGAGUAGGAUGUGCAGAGUCUUCCCAGGAUACCGGCUGGCUCGGGACUGUGGCCUCGGUGCAGCUGCUGGCGAGU